AUGUCUGAUACCUGCAGAGUUUGUUUUGAAGAAGAUAAUCUCAACAAUUUUAUUAUUCCUUGUAGAUGUAAAGGAAGUCAAAAAUACAUUCAUCCCAAUUGUUUAUAUCAAUGGCAAAAUACAACAAUAAAACGCUAUAUAAAAUCUCCUGAAAGAUACAAUAAAUUCCAAAUUUUAUAUUGUCCUGAGUGCAGAACUAAAUAUAAAUAUUUUUCAGAUAAUCCCAACUGAAAUAUUUUUGAUAAAAAUCAUCUUAAAGCGAAAAAUUCCUUUUCAGUGAACUGAUAUUGAGCUAUCAUUUUCUUUACUUUUUGGUGUUUGCUUUUGGCAAUAUGAUGCAAAGGGAUUAAACCAAUAUUUUAUAUUGCAGAAGGUGGGAUUAAGAUAGGCUUUAUUAGAGUUGGGGAGCCUGUGCCUGGAUUACAUGCUGGGAUUAUUUUGAAAGCAACUUCAGCUAUGUCGCAUGGAAUUUUUUAUAAAUCACAAAUUUUAAUAACGAAAUACAGUGCAAGUGAUGGUGCCAUGGGAUUUAUUCUUACUCCAAAAAAAUACCAAGGCAUAUAUUAAAUUAUAAAUAUUUUUUUAAUAUUUAAUCAAUCCAAUUUUAAUAUAUUAAAAGAGAAAUCAAAUUUAUUUUUAAAGCGAAACUGUUUAUAAUAAGUUGCAAACAUUUCUUAUCAGGUUUUAUUUGACAAGGCAUAAGCAAGUAUAUGGUAAACUCUCAUUAUUUAUCACAUAUUAAAUAAGAAUUACCAUUUUAUGAAAUUAUAGCCAUCUUUAUUUUUUAUUUUGCCUUUAAUAUAUAAAAUAUUAAGAAAUUUUUGCAAAAAUAAUACUUUUUUUAAAAUUAAAAUUUAAUUCGAUAUUUUUCAUUUCGGAUUUGAGCACAAAUUAAAUAAAAUCACAAUUUUUAUAAAAGUUUUACCAUUUUUAUUCUUACAUUUAUCUUUUGAAAAUUAUAACAUUAAGACAAACCAUACUUUAUUUUUAAAAUAUAAAUUUAAUUUUAAUAUCUAUAGAUCUUUAUUUUCCCUAUAUUGGGAUUUUAGCAUAAAUUAAGCAAGAAAUGCUUACUCCCCCCCCCCAUCCUUGAUCGAACGACUCGCCAUCGUUCGAUCAAGGAUGGGGGUUAAAAAAAAAAAUUUCGGGAAAAAAAAUUUUUAUAUAUAAAAUAAAAAAAUAUAUAGAUAUUUUUUUUUAUUUACUUUUAAAUAAGAGGGUUAAGAAUAUUUAAUAAUUAUUUUUACAGCAAAAAAUUUAAUUUAUUUAUAAAAUACCAAUUUUUAAUAUUUUGAUUUAUUAGUUACCCCUUUAAAUUGUAUAAAUUUUAAUUUGUUCCUAUUAAAUUAAUUUGUUUUUAAAAAGAUUUUAAAGAAUCUGUAUUUUAUUAGAUUAUUGAGUUUUUAAGCAUAUGUUGAUGACUAAAUCACUUCGGAUGGUUGAUUCCGCAGCUUUCUGUCGUCUCAAAGUCUCUGAAAACAACUUCAUUAUGUACAUCUUCCCAAGCUUUUGAUAAAUAAUAUAUUUUUAUAUAUAUAAAAAUUUGCAUGAUAUGAAAAUCGUUCGAUCAAGGAUGGGGUUAAUUUCCCCAAUUUUUAGGAAUUUUUACAGUCAAUCGUUCGAUCAAGGAUGGGGGGGAGAGUUAUAAUAAUUUUAGAUAUUUAAAAAAAUUUAAUCAGAAAUCCCAAUUUAUAAAUAUGAUAAGCUACAUUAAUAAUCACAUGAAACUUAUUCUAGUUUAAUAAAACGCAAACUUCCAAGAAAUAAUUGCCCAAGAUAAGAUCUUUAUCUUAGUUGCUGGAAAGAAUAGAAAGCCUUGCAGUCAUUAUUUCUAGUCUAAAUAUUUAAAUUACAUUAAAAAGUCACGAUAAUUUUGCUAUUUUGAAAUCCUAAAAUACUUAUCUCUUGAUUUAAUGAAAACAGCUUAUAAGCGAAAAUGAGAGGGUAAGAAUUUCCAACAGAUUAUAUAAUUUAAUAUAAUUAACUAAAGAUCUCAUAAAUAUAAUAAUUAAUAACAAUUAAUUUUAUAAAUCAAUAUUUUAUAAAAAAAAAUAUUAUAUUCAUAUUUUGCUCAAUUUAAUAGGAGUUAACUUUUCGAAAAAAAUCUAUCUUGCUAGGUCCUAAAGAGGAGAGUUAAUAAACCGAAAAAAGAGUCCUUUCCUGAGAAGUUUUAUAUAGGAGGCCCUGUACAACCUGAUUCUAUUUAUAUGCUGCAUAACAAUCCUGAUAUUGAAGAAUGUGAGAUGGUGAGUGAAGGAAUCUACUUUGGAGGAAAAGUAAUUUCGAAAUCUAGCGAUAUGAAACUCAAAAUGUUUUUUGGGUAUUCAGGAUGGAGUCCAUUACAGCUUGAUGGAGAAAUAAGAGCAGGAGUUUGGAAAAUUGUUGGAAAUGUAACCUCUGAAGAUUUAUUUAACGAAUUUUCUUAA